CUUGUAAGCGGGGCACCCUGGCGCACUCACCGGGGAGCCGGUGAUCGAGGGCGGAGGCAGCUGGGAGGGGUGCUGGCGCGAGCUCGCGCGCUGUGUAUGGUCUAUCGGAGGCAGCUGACCUUUGAGGAGGAAAUCGCUGCUCUCUGCUCCUUCCUGUAGUAACAGCCUCCACCGCCGCCGCCGUCAAGAGCCGUCAGGAGCCGUCAGAAGCCCCAGCCCGGAGCGACAGCCGCGGGCGCUCCGUAGCACCAGGUAAACAGCCAUGGCGGGCUGGAUUCAGGCCCAGCAGCUGCAGGGAGAUGCACUGCGCCAGAUGCAAGUAUUGUAUGGGCAGCAUUUCCCCAUCGAGGUCCGGCACUACCUGGCCCAGUGGAUCGAGAGCCAGCCAUGGGAUGCUAUUGACUUGGACAAUCCCCAGGACCGAGGCCAGGCCACCCAGCUCCUGGAGGGCCUGGUACAGGAGCUGCAGAAGAAGGCAGAACACCAGGUUGGGGAAGAUGGGUUUUUGCUGAAGAUCAAGCUAGGGCAUUAUGCCACCCAGCUCCAGAACACUUACGACCGCUGUCCCAUGGAGCUGGUUCGCUGUAUCCGUCACAUUCUGUACAAUGAACAGAGGCUAGUUCGUGAAGCCAACAACUGCAGCUCCCCUGCUGGUGUCCUGGUUGAUGCCAUGUCCCAGAAGCACCUUCAGAUCAACCAAACGUUUGAGGAGCUGCGCCUGAUCACCCAGGACACGGAGAACGAGCUGAAGAAGCUGCAGCAGACCCAAGAGUACUUCAUCAUCCAGUACCAGGAGAGCCUGAGGAUCCAAGCUCAGUUUGCCCAGCUGGCCCAGCUGAACCCCCAGGAGCGCAUGAGCAGGGAGACUGCCCUCCAGCAGAAGCAAGCGGCCACCGUGCGCCUGCUGGUGGGUGGGAAGCUGAAUGUGCACAUGAACCCCCCGCAGGUGAAGGCAACCAUCAUCAGUGAGCAGCAGGCCAAGUCCCUGCUCAAGAAUGAGAACACCCGCAAUGAGUGCAGCGGCGAGAUCCUGAACAACUGCUGUGUCAUGGAGUACCACCAGGCCACGGGCACCCUCAGCGCCCACUUCAGAAACAUGUCCCUGAAAAGAAUCAAGCGUGCUGAUAGGCGUGGCGCAGAGUCCGUGACGGAGGAGAAGUUCACAGUCCUGUUUGAGUCUCAGUUCAGCGUUGGCAGCAAUGAGCUGGUGUUCCAGGUGAAGACCCUGUCCCUCCCUGUGGUCGUCAUCGUCCAUGGCAGCCAGGACCACAAUGCUACUGCCACCGUGCUGUGGGACAAUGCCUUUGCUGAGCCGGGCAGAGUGCCAUUUGCCGUGCCUGACAAGGUGCUGUGGCCGCAGCUGUGUGAGGCGCUCAACAUGAAAUUCAAGGCUGAAGUACAGAGCAGCCGGGGCUUGACCAAGGAGAACCUCGUGUUCCUGGCCCAGAAACUGUUCAACAUCAGCAGCAACCACCUCGAGGACUACAACAGCAUGUCCGUGUCCUGGGCCCAGUUCAACCGGGAGAACUUGCCCGGCUGGAACUACACCUUCUGGCAGUGGUUCGACGGGGUGAUGGAGGUGCUGAAGAAGCAUCAUAAGCCCCAUUGGAAUGAUGGGGCCAUCCUAGGCUUUGUGAACAAACAACAGGCCCACGACCUGCUCAUCAACAAGCCCGAUGGGACCUUUCUAUUGCGCUUCAGCGACUCGGAAAUCGGGGGCAUCACCAUUGCUUGGAAGUUUGACUCUCCGGACCGAAACCUCUGGAAUCUGAAGCCUUUCACCACGCGGGACUUCUCCAUUAGGUCCCUGGCCGACCGGCUGGGGGACCUGAACUACCUCAUCUAUGUGUUUCCAGACCGACCCAAGGAUGAGGUCUUUGCCAAGUACUACACUCCUGUACUUGCAAAAGCAGUUGACGGAUACGUGAAGCCACAGAUCAAGCAAGUGGUCCCCGAGUUUGUCAAUGCGUCCGCAGACGCUGGAGCCAGCGCCACCUAUAUGGACCAGGCUCCUUCCCCAGUAGUGUGCCCUCAGGCUCACUACAACAUGUACCCACCGAACCCUGACCCUGUUCUUGACCAAGAUGGUGAAUUUGACCUGGAUGAGACCAUGGAUGUUGCCAGGCAUGUGGAGGAACUUUUACGCCGGCCCAUGGACAGUCUCGACCCCCACCUCUCCCCACCUGCUGGCCUCUUCACCUCUGCCAGAAGUUCCCUGUCCUGAAUGCUGGACUCCAUGCUUCUCUUGGAAAACCACCUUCAAUGUGAAGAGCCCAUGUCAGUUGUAGUAUCUCUGUUCAUACCAAUGGCUUUGCACAUUCACAGUGCCACCUUGCCCACACAGUUCUGGGCCUGUGGCUAAAGUAGUGGUGACCUUUUUGUUCAGACCUCAAGGCCCCCCCCCCACCCCCCGGGGCCUCUCUUAUAAGAGCUGAACCUAUCAUUGCUGACAAACAAACCUAUUUCUCCAGUGUCCUUUAUCUGUCCAAUGGCCAUUUAAGUGAAAUAAUUCUAGAAAAGGAAGGGAGGCAGGUUUAGGCAACUAAGUUAAGAGUUUUACUCCCGAGCUAGAAGCUUCACCUAGACUAGUGUGCACCUGUCCUUGCACAUGUGGUAGCCUAACUGAUGCACCCCUCUAAAGGGAGAUUGGGGUUCAUCUUAGUAACUAACCUUUUAUACUUCAGUGCAUACAGGCUGCGGACUUUGUGAAUGCUUGGUGUGCUUUUCCCUUGUACACAGCAGAGGGCUGCUGAAGCUGAGUGUCAGUUUUCAUGCCAGGGUGUCCAUGGGAUUCAAGUCUCAUGGGCCGUGUCCACAUUCCCCCCAUCUCUCUUCCCCAUUCUAUAUCCUCACCUUCCAAAUGGAUUUAUCCUUCUUGCUUUUUUGUUUUGUUUUGUUUUGUUUUUGAGACAGGGUCUCUCCAUAUAUCCCAGGCUGUCCAUGAAUGAUCCUCCUGCCUCAGUUUCUGGAGUGCUAGGAUUACAGGCAUGCAUGACCGCACCUGGCCUCAGCCUUACUUCCUUUCCUGUUUGCAACCUUGCUUAUCAUCAGAAAGGAGGGGAAUACUGGGUGUCUGGGAGGAGGAGACCUGGGUUGAAAAACCUGUGCAAGCGCUCCGUCUGGCCCACUCUGCCGAGAGGUGGGACCUGGCAUGGGCCCUGCACUGCUAGUGGAUUAUGGCCCAAGAAAGCCUUGCAACAGCUCUUCCCUUGGAGGCUGUGACAGAGCGGCCUGGACUAGCUGACUAGGAGUCCUGGCUUCCAACCUUUUUGAAGGAAGUGGAGGGUGCACAGAGGGAUGCUUUUUAUAUUUUGUACAUAAAACUCACAUUUAUGUAAACAGUGUUUUGGAAUAAAGUUUUUGUUGGUUUGUUUUUGCAAA